CUUCGAUGUAGUCAACGAGAUCUGCUGCUGCGGCCUGUUGUCCUAUUUCUACGACUUCGACGUGGUGCGAAGGAAUUUGGGCGAAGAGCCGCUUCUGGGAUCGUCAAAUCAGCAGCAUGCAGAGUCGUCGGAUGAUUCAGACGGUGAAGGUUAUAUACCUCCGUCUGUUCGACAAGCUUUCAGGCCCAGACCGGAGCCUCAGGCUCCAGCAUCUGAUACUCCCGCUGCAAGCUCUGAGGGAAGUGAGUCCCAGGAGGCGGCAGCGACGGAAGAAGAGAAAGAAGGAGGGAGCGAGGAAGCUGAUGGUAGCAGAGAAGGCUCGGAACCCGUGAACCCGCCAGGGGAAGAAGCGAUGCCGGCAGAAGAACAAUGUGACAUUCACAUGGGAGACCAAGGUGACAUCAUGGAUGCUGAGGGCCAAGAACAAAGGCAUGGCGCGAGCAGGACAGGAAGCGAAGGUGAUGUGCCCAAGGAAGUCGGCGUUAGCAUCUCCUACUUCUCGUGUAAAGUCUGCUUCGACCGCAGAAUCCAGACGGUCCUGAUCCCCUGCGGCCAUGAGGCUCUCUGCAAGAAGUGUUCCAAGAAAAUCAAGGUGUGUCCCAUCUGUCGGAAGGAGGUCAAGAAGGUACAAGUUGUGAUCAGCGUGUGUGAUGAUGACGAGGAGGAGGUCUAGUGAAAAUUACCGUUGUCUUUGAUUCCUUCAAACUGCUAUUAUAGAUAAAUCAUAUUACAUGAC